AUUCUGGCUGAUGAUAUGGGAUUGGGGAAAACCAUUCAAAUCAUUGCAUUUCUUUCUGGAAUGUAUGACUCUGAGUUGGUUAAGCACACUCUUCUUGUCAUGCCAACCUCAUUGCUUGGGACCUGGACAAAAGAGUUUGCCAAGUGGACACCAGGAAUGAGAGUCAAAGAGUUUCAUGGCAAAAGCAAAAUGGAGCGUAUCAGAAACUUGGAGAGGGUCCAAAGAAAAGGUGGUGUCAUCGUUACCACAUACAAUAUGUUGCUUACCAACUGGGAGCUCCUCGCCUCUUACAACGGUCAUGAGUUUAAAUGGGAUUAUGUCAUCUUGGAUGAAGCGCACAAAAUUAAAUCGUCCUCCACCAAAACUGCCAAAAGUGCACAUGCCAUACCAGCUAAACACCGCAUCCUUCUCACUGGCACCCCUUUGCAGAACAACCUAGGGGAGCUGUGGGCACUGUUCGACUUUGUGUUUCAAGGGGGGCUCCUUGGUACCUCUAAAACCUUCAAGUCUGAAUAUGAAAACCCCAUCACACGCGCCAGAGAGAAGGAUGCAACCCCGGGUGAAAAGGCACUGGGGUUGAAGAUUGCUGAAAAUUUGAUGGCAAUUAUAAAUCCAUACUUCUUACGGAGAACAAAGCAGGAGGUUCAAAGUAAAAAGCAAAGUGCCAUGAAUACCAGGAACAGCCCCCUGAAUGCAGAAGACAAGGAGAACCAAAACCCCAAUGCUGGUGGGUUUCAGAUGCCAAGCCUCACAAGAAAGAAUGACCUGAUUGUGUGGACAUACUUGAGUGCAGUCCAGGAAGACAUCUACAGGCAGUUUAUUUCACUGGAUCACAUCAAGGAACUUCUGUUGACCUCCCGCUCACCAUUGGCAGAGCUGAAUAUACUGAAAAAGCUGUGUGACCAUCCAAGGCUUUUGUCAGUCAGAGCUGUUGCUCAGCUAGGUCUAGAAGCUGGACUCAACCCCAGUGAGCAUCAAGAUGAAAAUAUGUCUGCUGCCUGCCAAAUUACUGAUAUACCAGAUGAAACCUUGGUAUCAGAAUCUGGCAAGCUGAGUUUCCUUGUUGGUCUUUUGGAAAGGCUGCGAGAAGAACGCCAUCGCACACUUGUGUUCUCCCAGUCCAGGAAGAUGUUGGACAUUAUUGAGCGAGUCUUAGUCAACAGAGGUUUCAAACUUGUAAGAAUUGAUGGCACUGUAAUUCACCUGUCAGAGAGAGAGAGACGUAUUGCCCUCUUCCAGACUGACAACCAAUACUCUGUGUUUCUUCUGACCACCCAAGUGGGAGGUGUAGGAAUCACAUUGACUGCAGCCAACAGAGUGGUCAUCUUCGACCCUAGCUGGAAUCCUGCAACAGAUGCCCAGGCUGUGGACAGAGCCUAUCGAAUUGGGCAGACGGAAAAUGUUGUGAUCUACCGGCUCAUCACCUGUGGGACCGUGGAGGAGAAGAUUUACAGGCGCCAGAUCUUCAAGGACUCCUUGAUCAGACAGACUACAGGAGAUAAAAAGAACCCAUUUCGGUACUUCAGUCGACAGGAGCUGAAAGAACUCUUCACGCUUGAAGACACUCGGUCAUCCUCAACUCAGCUCCAGCUGCAGUCGCUGCACUCCAAGCAGAGACGCACCGAUCCUCAAAUGGAUGAGCACAUCACUUACUUGCACACUAUGGAAAUGUUUGGUAUUUCAGACCAUGACCUCAUGUUCUCCCAUGAUGCAGCAGUACAUGAAGACUGCCCAGAGGAUCAAGAAUCUCACAACUACAUUGAAAACCGUGUUCAGAAGGCUCAUGAGCUGAUGAAAGCUGAGUCAGAACUGCAAAUGCAGUUUAUGGACAACAUCACCUCCAGCACAGAGCCUGCAUUUCUUAGGAAUCCAGGUCCGGCCAAGAGAUUCACUGAUCAUAAUCCAGCAAAGGUGAAACCAGACAACCUCCCUGUUAGAGUCAAUAAUGACAGUGCUUCCUCUCCUUCAGUGGUAGACCUCACUCAGGAGGACAUCCACAACAUAAGCAACAAAUUGUCAGAUUUUGUUCUUAAUGGUAGCACUGAAAAUGGCAUUCACCUGAAAGAGAACUCGCCUGAAUGUUCAGUAGAAAAGGACAGUGAACCUCUAGAAAUUAAUUCAGGAAACUCCCACUCUUUAGACCAAUCCCUUAUAGAAGUGGCCUCAUGUGAGGUGAAUGACAUUGUUGACACUUCAGCUCUCAAAGCUGAAGAAAGGAUGACCUCAUCUUUUGAGGAGACAGAGAAAAUUUCAUCAAUGAAUGAGGGCAUAGGUGUGGAAGAGCUUGUGCUUAAUCCACCGGAAGAUGUGUCACGCAAAUCCCUCAGUCUGCAGGACUCUAAGGCUUCUCCAGUGUUCCAGAGCUUACCAGUUCAAGAGGGCCGCACAACGGAUGAAGGUGAUUCUGUUCAAUAUCUUACACAUUCAAAAUUGUCUAUCCUUCAGAAGUCAGAUCUUGAUGAUGAAAGUCAUGCAGAUGCAUCCUUGAAAGCAGGUUCUGAUCUUGAGUCUUUCCAGGGGAAUUUCAAUUUGCAACUGGAAGAGAGUGGUGAUGAAGUUGUGUCAGAGAAUGAAAACUUGCCCCGAGUGGAAGAUGGCCCAGAUCUCCAACUGCAAAUGGAUAGCAGCAGGCUACAUACAGAGAGAGAACAGCAUGCUUUGAAGAGUGACGGUGAAAACUUCAAUAUUAGCAUGUCUUCUGUGGAGGAUGCAAGUGUUUGUGUUAGUGAGAAAGACGCAACAGCAGACUCCUUUGUCCAUUCUGUGAGAAAAAAGAAAAAUCUGAGAGUCAUUUAUGACAGUGAUGAUGAAGAAAACACAAACGGAGAAGGUGAUGCAGAUCUCCCUUUAAGUAGCUCCCUCAGUGAACCCUUCAAAGGGGUUGGGUGUUCCACUCCAAAGCUUGCCAAGUCCACAUCGUUUUUGUCCUCCACGCAGCACAGGAAAAGCAUUGGUGGAAAUACAUCAGUGGCGUCAAGAAAGUCUUUUAUCGAGGCUGUGGUGGAUGAUGUGGAAGACCUGCUUGAGGACAUGGAGGCAGAUGAUGAGGGCGAGACAUCCAAUAGUGUAGUGGAGUGUACAGGCUCUUGCAGUAAGUCUGACAUGGAGGAAGACCUUGAAGAAGAAACUUCAAAGAAAGAAAAUGACGAGACAGAAGAUGGGGAGCAAAGUGCUCUAGAUUACUCAUCUGAAUCUGAAAUGCUAGAUGAGGAAUGCUCUGUGGAGGAGUCAACAGGUGAUCUUGAUCUAGCAUCAGAUGAAACAAUGGAACAGUGUGCCCAGGAAGAACCCGUCUCAUCACAUAAUGACAAUAGAGCCUCCACCACCUUCAGCCAGUCGGCACAUGUGCCAGAAGAUGAGUAUGAAAGCCUUGUUAGAACUGGGAAAGAAUGCUAUUCUGAAGGAAAACUUAAAGAGGCUUUGGAUUCAUUUCUCAAAGCUCUUGAUAUCAGAAGUGGAGAUCAUGAAAUUCAGUUAAUGACUAUACAGUUGUAUCGCAAGCUCAGCCAACACUAG